GAGCUUGAUCCAGGUGAUCCUGAUCCCAGGAAAAGCUUCUCCUGGGAGCACCUAAUUCUGAGACCACCUGGUCCCAGGAUCACCUCAUCCCAGGAGAACCUGGUCCUGGCAGCACCUGAUCCUGGAAAAUUCCAGCUGGCAGAGGGUGUCCCUGUGUUCUCCUGCCAUGGCUGAGCCCUCUGGGAUUGGGGACAGCAUCCCAUUGGAUGAUCCCGGUCUGGACAUCGCCGCUGGGGAGGAAUUCCUGCAGGAAGUGUUCCAGAUCCUGUUGGAGGAGGGCGUGCGGAAGAGCAUGGACGUGACACAGAAGGUGUGUGACUGGAAGGAGCCGCAAGAGCUGCGGGAGUUGCUGGAUCUGGAGCUCCGGAGCGACGGGGAGGGGCGGGAGCGGCUCCUGCAGCGCUGCCGGGACGUGCUGCGCCUCAGCGUCCGCACCGGUCACCCCCGGUUCUUCAACCAGCUUUUCUCAGGGCUGGACCACCACGCCCUGGCUGGGCGGUUCCUCACCGAGACCCUCAACACGAGCCCAUACACAUAUGAGGUGGCCCCAGUGCUGGUGCUGAUGGAGGAGCAGGUCCUGGCCAAGCUCCGAGAACUUGUGGGGUGGAGCAGCGGUGAUGGGAUCUUUGCUCCCGGGGGCUCUAUGUCCAACAUGUUGGCCAUGAACGUGGCGCGAUUCCAGCGUUUCCCAGAGAGCCGGAGCAGAGGGAACUGGGACCUGCCUCGCUUGGGCCUGUUUGCAUCCCAGGAGAGCCAUUAUUCCAUCCUGAAAGGAGCUGCUCUCCUGGGAAUUGGCACAGACAAUGUUCACCUGGUGCGGACAGAUGAGAGGGGGAAGAUGAUCCCAGAAGAGCUGGAGAAGGAGAUCCAGAGGGUGAAAGCUGAGGGCUCAGAGCCCCUCUUCGUGUGUGCCACAAGUGGCACCACUGUCCUGGGUGCCUUCGACCCGCUGGACGCCAUCGCCGACGUCUGUGCCCGCCAUGGGCUGUGGCUGCACGUGGAUGCGGCAUGGGGGGGCAGUGCCCUCCUCUCCCCCCAACUCCGUCACCUUCUUGCUGGCAUCCACAGAGCCGACUCAGUGACCUGGAACCCCCACAAGCUGUUGAUGGUGGGGCUGCAGUGCUCAGCAUUCCUGCUCCGUGACAGCUCUGGGCUCCUGCAGCGCUGCCACGGUGUGGGGGCCUCGUACCUGUUCCAGCGGGACAAGUUCUAUGAUGUGUCCCUGGACACAGGGGACAAGAGCCCCCAGUGUGGCCGCCGCGCCGACGGCCUCAAGCUCUGGAUCCUCUGGAAAGCCGUGGGAACCUGGGGACUGGGACAGCGUGUGGAGCGGGCAUUUGCUGCUACUCGGUAUCUGCUGGAGCAGGUGAAGAGGAGGGAGGGAUUCCAGCUGGUGACAGAGCCGGAAUUCAUCAACCUCUGCUUCUGGUUCAUCCCACCCAGCCUGCGGGGCCAAGAAAGCUCUCCGGAAUUCUGGGACAAACUGGGAAAGGUGGCCCCAGCCAUCAAGGAAAAGAUGAUCCGGAGGGGCUCCAUGAUGGUGGGAUACCAACCUCAUGGAUCCCGGGUCAACUUUUUCCGACAAAUUAUCACCAAUCCUGCUGUCACCCGCCAGGACCUGGACUUCUUCCUGGAUGAGAUCCAGGAAUUGGGAUGGGAUCUGUGAGCACUCCCAAAAACUCCAAUGAAAGACCCCCAAACCUGCCCACCAUCCCUGAGGAAGAGGGGAGCAGAGUCUUGAUUAUCUCCCCAUAUUCCAAAAUGGAAAUGUCCCCAAAAUUCCACACUUAUGGAAUACACCAGCAUUUUAUGGU